GUGGCGGCGGCACCGCCCCCGCGUUUCCCUGAGCCGGACAGCAGUGGGGCCUCUCCGCCGAGCCCGGCGAUGGACGAGAGCGGCGAGCUGGGCGGGUUGGAGACCAUGGAGACCCUCACAGAAUUGGGCGACGAGCUGACCCUGGGGGACAUAGACGAGAUGCUGCAGUUCGUCAGCAAUCAGGUGGAAGAGUUCCCGGACUUGUUUUCUGAACAGCUGUGUGGCUCCUUCCCUGGCGGUGGCAGUUCCAACAGCGGCGUUUCCAACAGCAGCAGCAGCAACAACAACGGUGGGGGCAGCAGUGGUGGAGCUGUGGACCCCUUGACGCAGCGCUCAUUCAGCCAGGUUCUCUUGCCUGCCUUUGCCACCUCAACCACCUCCCCACAGGCUCCGACCCUGCAGGUCAAGGUGCCUCCCACCACAGUCCCUACCCCUCCUCGGAGUGCGCCAGUUCUUCAACCUCGACCCCAGCCCCCAGCCCAUGCACAGCUGCAGCAACAGACCGUAGUGGUCAGCCCGACCUUCAGCACUGCCCCCCAGACGAGGAUCAUCCAGCAGCCCCUCAUCUACCAGAAUGCAGCCACCAGCUUCCAAGUCCUUCAGCCUCAAGUCCAAAGCCUGGUGACAUCCUCCCAAGUACAGCCAGUCACCAUCCAGCAGCAAGUACAGACGGUACAGGCCCAGCGGGUGCUGACACAGACGGCCAGUGGCACACUGCAGACACUGGCCCCUGCCACCGUGCAGACAGUGGCUGCUCCCCAAGUGCAGCAGGUCCCGGUCCUGGUACAGCCGCAGAUCAUCAAGACAGAUUCUCUUGUUUUGACCACACUGAAGACAGAUGGCAGCCCAGUCAUGGCCACAGUCCAGAACCCGGCCCUCACCGCCCUCACCACCCCCAUCCAGACAGCCGCCCUGCAAGUACCAACCCUGGUGGGCAGCAAUGGGACCAUUCUGACCACCAUGCCUGUGAUGAUGGGGCAGGAGAAAGUGCCCAUUAAGCAGGUCCCUGGGGGAAUCAAGCAGCUCGAGCCUCCCAAGGAGGGGGAAAGACGGACAACCCACAACAUCAUUGAGAAGCGCUAUCGCUCCUCCAUCAACGACAAAAUCAUUGAGCUGAAGGACCUAGUCAUGGGGACUGAUGCCAAGAUGCACAAGUCUGGUGUUCUGAGGAAAGCCAUCGACUACAUCAAAUACCUGCAGCAGGUCAACCACAAGCUGCGCCAGGAGAACAUGGUGCUGAAGUUGGCGAAUCAGAAGAAUAAGCUCCUGAAGGGCAUCGACCUAGGCAGCCUGGUGGACAAUGACAUGGACCUGAAGAUGGAUGACUUUAACCAGAAUGUCCUCCUGAUGUCACCUCCAGCUUCAGAUUCGGGGUCACAGGCCGGCUUCUCCCCUUACUCCAUCGAUUCUGAGCCAGGGAGCCCUCUGUUGGAUGAUGCCAAGGUCAAAGACGAGCCCGACUCUCCUCCCGUGGCGCUGGGCAUGGUGGACCGCUCUCGCAUCCUCCUCUGCUUCCUCACCUUCCUGUGCCUCUCCUUCAACCCCCUGAUGGUCCUGCUGCGCUGGGGGGUCACCCGGGACACAGACCCCCACCCCUACUCAGGCUCUGGCCGCAGCAUACUGUCCUUCGAGUCAGGUUCUGGGAGCUGGUUCGACUGGAUGAUGCCCAGGCUCCUUUUAUGGCUGGUCAAUGGCCUGAUUGUCCUGAGCGUCUUUGUCAAGCUGCUGGUCCAUGGGGAGCCAGUCAUCCGACCACACUCUCGUUCCUCAGUCACCUUCUGGAGACACCGGAAACAGGCAGACCUUGACCUCGCCAGGGGGGAUUUUGCCGCCGCUGCUGCCAACCUACAGACCUGCCUGUCAGUGCUGGGCCGGGCCCUGCCCACCUCUCGCAUAGACCUGGCCUGCAGCCUCUCCUGGAACGUGAUCCGCUACAGCCUGCAGAAGCUGCGUCUGGUCCGCUGGCUGCUCAAGAAAGUCUGCCAGCACCGGCGGGCCACCCCCGCCACCGCAGCGGGCUUCGAGGAUGAAGCGAAGAGCAGCGCACGGGACGCGGCCCUGGCCUACCACCGCCUACACCAGCUGCACAUCACAGGGAAGCUGCCCGCAGGGUCUGCUUGUUCUGAUGUGCACAUGGCUCUCUGCGCUGUCAACCUGGCCGAGUGUGCCGAGGAGAAAAUCCCACCCAGCAUGCUGGUAGAGAUCCAUCUAACAGCCGCCAUGGGGCUCCAGACCCGCUGUGGAGGCAAGCUGGGCUUCCUGGCUAGCUACUUCCUGAGCCGAGCCCAGAGCCUGUGCGGCCCCGAGCGCAACACUGUCCCCGACUCCCUGCGUUGGCUCUGCCACCCUCUGGGCCAGAAGUUUUUCAUGGAGCGGAGCUGGUCAGUGAAAUCAGCCGCCAAGGAGAGUCAGUAUUGUGCCCAGAGGAACCCAGCUGAUCCCAUUGCCCAGGUCCACCAGGCGUUCUGCAAGAGCCUCCUGGAGCGAGCUGUGGAAGCCUUGGUGAAGCCUCAGACCAAGAAGAAGGCCGGAGACCAGGAAGAGGAGGGCUGUGAAUUCUCCAGUGCUCUGGAGUACCUGAAGCUACUCAGUUCCUUCGUGGACUCUGUGGGGAUUGUGGCACCGCCCUUCUCCAGCAGCUCCGUGCUCAAGUCAGCCCUGGGUCCAGACAUGGUCUGUCGGUGGUGGACCUCUGCUGUCACCAUGGCCAUCAGCUGGCUCCAAGGAGAUGAUGCGGCAGCGUGCACUCAUUUUGCCGAAGUAGAACGUGUACCCAAGGCCCUGGAAGUGACUGAGAGCCCCCUGGUGAAGGCCGUCUUCCACGCCUGCAGAGCCAUGCACGCAUCGCUCUCUGGGAAGGCUGAUGCACAGCAGAGCUUCUGCCACUGUGAGCGGGCCAGCGGCCACCUGUGGAGCAGCCUCAAUGUCAGCGGGGCUACUGCUGACCCCGCCCUCAACCACGUGCUCCAGCUGCUCACCUCUGACCUGCUGCUGUCGCUGCGGACCGUGCUCUGGCAGAAGCAGGCAGGAGCCAGCCAGGCCCUGGGCGAGACCUACCAGGCCUCAGGCACUGAGCUGGCUGGCUUCCAAAGGGACCUGGGCAGUCUGCGUAGACUAGCACAUAGUUUCCGCCCGGCCUACCGCAAAGUGUUCCUGCAUGAAGCCACCGUCCGCCUGAUGGCCGGAGCCAGCCCCACCCGUACCCACCAGCUGCUGGAGCACAGCCUGCGGAGACGUACCACCCAGAACACCAAACAAGGAGACAUGGACACUUGGCCUGGCCAGCGUGAGCGGGCCACUGCCAUCCUGCUGGCCUGCCGCCACCUUCCCCUCUCCUUCCUCUCCUCCCCGGGGCAGCGGGCAGUGCUGCUGGCCGAGGCCGCCCGCACCCUGGAGAAGGUGGGCGACCGACGCUCCUGCAGUGACUGCCAGCAGAUGAUCGUGAAGCUAGGCGGCGGCACAGCCAUUGCUGCCUCCUGACCACACUAUGCCCGCUGCUCGGGUUCCCUCUGCCCUUCCCAUCCCCUUCCCCUUCUGUCUUUUCUCUCCCUCCUCCCUCUGAGAGCCAAGAGGAAAGACUGGUGGGGGCGGGUGCAGGUGAGGGUUCUUGAGCUUUGAAGCCAGCCAAGCCCCAGCCUUGAGUCUCUCCAGAGACAGCUCCAUCGGCCUUGGCUUCCCUUUCCUGCUUCUCUUUUUUAUCAUCUUUUCCGCUGGGAGCACGAGUCUCUGGGACCAGCAAGCAUUGGCCGGGCAGCUGUCCCUUUUUUAUAUGAACGUUUUUAUAUCGUGUGCUUGGGUUUGCCACACUGCAAGGCUGUUGCUGAAGCCUCUUUAUCCUGCGCCCCGGGACUGCACCCACCCACUCCCUGGGGCCUGGCAAGGCCAGUUCAUUGUUUCCUUGUCAUUAUGCAGGAAACCCAGGGUCGGGCAGGGCGCUAGGCCUGGGAGGCGGUGGGAAACGGGGCAGGCCUGCGGUGGAUGAAAUAAUGUUGGCAUUAUUUUUUAAUUUUUUAAAAAAUAAACGGUAUCUUAUUUAAUUGUCCUUGUCCUUCCCAUUCCCUGCCCCCUAGGGUGGAAGCCCAAACUCAGGGUGGCCCAAGGGUGGGAGGGAUGAUGCCACCCAUUGGGCCUGGGGACCAGGACCUUCAGUGUGGGCUUUCUGUUCCCUCCCAGCCCGUCUCCUACCUCUGAAGUCUAUUUUUAUCCCCAAUUCUCAUCUGAAAAUGAGCCAGAGGGCGAAACUGGCCCCCCGGGAACUCCCAGAGACUGCAAGUCCCUCUUCCUGGAGUGGGCAAGGGGUUGCAUAGGAUGGGCACUAAGCAGGAGGUCCCAGGCCAGGGUGUGGGGGUGGUCCUGGAGGGAAAAGCUACCUACUUUUCUAGGCUUUCUGACUCAAGGUCUUCCCCAGGGGAGUUUCUCCUAGGACGAGGGCAUUAUGGGAAGCAGAGGCAGCCUACCCUCUGUGGACUGCUCUCUGUGACCCUUAAGCUGUUGGGGGACAGAGGAUGGGCAGGACCAGAAGAACCCCAGUGAGCCCCUCCCCUCUCUAAUUUAUGGACCCUGCCUACCAGCCCCUGCCCAUCAGGUCAGCCUUGUGUCGUGUAUGUAUACUGUGCCUUUUCUUGUCACUGUUUGGGGGCGGGAGGGUUUUUUUUCACAGACUAGAGGACGUGGCCAUGCCCACUUGAUGUUGACUCACUCACAUGACCAGGAUGUAGGUUAUUCAAUAAACAGAUUGGAACCAUCA